CCCCGCCGGCGCCGCAGCCAUGGCGGCCCCCACGGCGCCCGCCUGAGCCCGACGCGACCGCGCUGCCGUGGAGUCCGGAUAAGAGCCAUCAGGAGGCCUUUCUAGCCAGUUUGAUGCUGAGUGAUAGCAAUCUUGAGCCACAGUUUUAGAGGAGUGGCACCAAAAGGCCUGUUGUUAAUGCUGAGUGUUUUACAGGACAAGUAGCACUACCUGCUUCCUCCACUGCCUGAAAAUCAAGCCAUAGAUACUGACCUUCAAUCCAAACAGAGUAAAAAAUUUGAGUAUCCCGGUAACAACUGCUAUACCUGAAGACACAGUCUCCAGAAAGGGAGGAAAAAUGCCAGCUUCUCUGAAAAAGCUGAAGCAAAUGGCUAUUUUCAUGGGACUGUUCAGCGGCGGGGGAUGCAUCGUGAUGUAUAAUCUUAUGCAAAAAAGUUUUGCCAGGACCCAGUAUUACCAGCAAGCUUUGGAGCAACUGAACAGCAAUCCUGAUGCCCUGGAAGCCCUGGGUGCCCCCCCUCUUAAGGUUCACAACAUCCACCUGACAGAUGGGAGCAAUCGCGUGGACACAGAAAGAGCGCGGAUAAAGUUACCAGUCUCUGGAACAAAAUCAGCGGGCUACCUCUACAUUAACUCAAAGAUGGACCACUCCCGUCAGUGCUGGUGCCUUCAGGAUGUCACCUUGAAACUGCGGGAUGGUCCAAGUAUUCCCAUUUACCACUCUCCAGUGGAAAGCAUUGGUGUGCAAGAAGGCUAAAAAUCAGGGACAGCUGCAUCUCCGCCUCCCAUUGAGCCAAAGGAGCCAUUAAUCGAUUGCAUCCUGCUGUGUCUGUGAAUGUACACAGUUGUCACAAGUGACAGUUUCACUUAAGCGGGUGCUCUCAAGACAAUUUUCUCUCUAAGAUUUACCUUAUUAUUGUUGUAAUUGUAAUUUAUUUCUUUUGCUGGUUUAGUCACGUGUUUAACAGAAGUCUAAAAUAAAUAUCUUGCAAAAGAGUUGCUGUUGCA